UGACUCACCAAAACGAUUUCCACAGAGGAGCGGAUUACGUGUUUUAUCUUUUUGACAACACAACACAGACCAGGACGCUUAGCGCGAAUUUUGCGACAUGAGGAAAGAAGUAUGUGAAAAUGAAUAUCCAUCAAAGGAACAGUUUAUAUGAGCUUGGCUACUAAAACUUUCAUGGAAUAACGACAUAAUUUGUAAUUAUUUACAAUGAAAUGCUUUAAGAUUUCACACUUAGUGCCUGAUAGAGACUGGAGGUGUCUGAAAGGCGGCGUCUUAUCCCCACUCAAGAUAUUCAAAUGUUGCUGUCUUGUGAUAGUGAGUGUACUAAUGGUGGAACUUCUGUUCUUUAACCUGUUCAUUAUGUAUGGGUAUCACCUGAUGAAGGAAAACAUCACCCCAGUACUGGAUAAACAGAGCAAUUCGUGGAUUGAUAAAUUAGCUGAAAGUAAGAUUAUCAAAGAUAUUGUGUAUGCAGGGAAGGCAGGUGGUUUUGUUUCCCUGAUACAACAGACACUCGAACGUGUUUACGUCACGCUUCCAGAGGAUGGGUCUGGUCGUAUUAAAGUCGGCACACUUGGACUUGAUGUGUCACACUCUGGAGAAUCUCUGUACCUCUAUAGAAGGAUGUCAAGGCGGCGACUGUCCAGGUAUAAACACUUGGUGGUUGAUAUAGGUGCCAAUGAUGGAUUACUGUCAAGUAACUCCUUCAAUUUUAUACAGUGGGGCUGGGACGCCAUCCUCGUGGAGCCACAAACCACACAGCUACAGAUGGCUAUGAUCAAUCUACGCAGGUAUAACAACCCGUACCGGGAUGGCAACCAGACUGUGAGGUUUGUGGAGGCGAUCAUCAGUAACAAAGACGGUACAGUGGACUUUGUGAAGACAAAUGAUUUUGUGUCCAUGGAAGGCCAUGUGGUCCAGGAGAAAGACCUGUACAACAAAGACCUACACAAAAGUCUAAUCCAUGUCCCCAGUUUGAGUGUACAGAGCUUCGUCACAAAAUAUAACAUCCCUCGCUAUUUUGGCAUUCUGUCUAUCGAUGCUGAAGGUGCUGGAAAUACAAUCCUUCACCAGUUUAUUGACCUUGGGUACCGACCAGCAUAUAUCAUCUAUGAGGAUUUACAUGAACGUCAUUGGGAAACUCCUGCAGAAACAGUUGAGUACUUGGCUGGGAAAGGGUACAGAUUUUUAUCCAAGAAAGGCUGGAAUAACAUCUUGGAACAUACAACAGAUAAUGAUGUAUAACUAUUAACAUGACCCUAUUAUUAUCUCACUGUCCCCUAUUGUUACAGUCAUGUACACUAUCCGGUACCUGGUGUUGUUAUAGCCACCUACCAACCUCUGGGGGACAUGUUAGAUCACAUUUUCCUCUCUUAGGAUACAAUGAUAGGGAAACUGUGAUAUUUCCCCUGUCCUCUUUGGUUUCUUUUAAAUCAACCGUGAACUCUUCUCCACCAGGUUUUAUCAUAAAUUACUGUAUACCUGGUAAUUUUCGCCCUGUUUAAUUUUCGCCAUUUUCGCCCUUUGAUUUAAGAUGACGGCGAAAAUGUCAAGCUAAAUUGAAUGAUUUACAAGUCAUCGUACAUAGGCCAACUGUAGUCGGAUCCAAAACAUACCCUCUUUCUUUUCAAGUGUUUUGUUUCUAUACAGUCACAAUCAACACGUGUUAUAUAUUUACACUAAAUUAAUCAAAUAAUCCAUUGUUUUAUUCCAAUCUAUGCAUGUGAAAUUAAAUCUAGAUCAUACCUAGGUCUAGUAAAUUUGCAAUAUCACGUUGUGUUAAAUCAAGAAUAAGGGCUAAGACAGCGAACUAGGUUUAGUAUAUUUAAUUUUAAAAAACUAUUAUAAUAAAUACUAAGUAACUUUUAAAAUCCAGUCAUUUUUUAAAAUGAUACACACAAUAUAGCAUCAAAUUCUUGCUAUUGUAAAGACUGAUUUUAUGAGUUCACCGUCACUUGUGACUUCCAUCGAUGACAAAUGAACAAGAAAACACUGGUCAGUAAUUAGUCACGGCACGGUGAACAUGCCACUCAUCGUGUUUGCUUAAAAUCGACCAUUCAUACCUGAUACUACUUGAAUCAAUUUUGGGUAAAAGUAAAACUGAACACAGGUAAACGUUGUAUAUUUCACACCUGAUUACAUUUCACACCUCAUCGGGAUAUGCAAUGAAAGGAAAGUGGGGGAACACGAUAAAUCCGAGUGCAAUUGUAUCGAGAAUUCCAAACGGAAUUUUUCGAUUGUAAACGAGGAAAAGACAUUUCUAAAAGUAGUUUAGGGCGAAAUUAAAACGGGGCGAAUAUCUUUUGUGUUGCUCAAGGGCGAAAAUAACCUGGGGCAAAAAAUACCAUGUAUACAGUAACCCUCUCCAGUGCCCUGGAGUUUGUUAUAACCAUGAGUUCUCCCCUGUGCCCUGGGGUUUGUUAUAACCAUGAGUUCUCCCCUGUGCCCUGGGGUUCGUUAUAACCAUGAGUUUUCAUUUUGUCCUGGGGUCUGUUAUAACCAUGAGUUUUCAUUUUGUCCUGGGGUUUGUUAUAACCAUGAGUUCUCCCCUGUGUCCUUGGGUUUGUUAUAGCCAUGAGUUGUGCCCUGGGGUUUGUUAUAACCACGAGUUCUCCCCCUAGAGUUUGUUAUAACAAUGAGUUCUCCCCUGUGCCCUGGGGUUCGUUAUAACCAUGAGUUCUCCCCUGUGCCCUGGGGUUCGUUAUAACCAUGAGUUUUCAUUUUGUCCUGGGGUCUGUUAUUACCAUGAGUUCUCCCCCUAGAGUUUGUUAUAACAAUGAGUUCUCCCGCCCCCAGGGGCUUGUUAUAACAGCGAGUUCUCCCCUGCCCCCUAGAGUUUUAAAUAAUGUAAAAUGCCUGAAUAUCUCCAUAUUACCAAAACGCAUUGAUUUUGACAGGGUCAAGUGUGUGUAUAGUUGUAUCCAGUGGUAUUCCCUGUCCUAAUUUAAGUGGAUAAGGGAGAAUUCGAGUUGGAUUUUACAACCUCAUUAAUUUGACACCAGAGACAUUUGCUGUCAUGGGUUGGUAGGUUUAAAUGGUUUGCAACUAUUGUGUCUAUGUUUAUUGAAAUAUCUCGAAUUUUUUAAGGCUCAAAAUGUUUUUUAUGAAGACUGAAAAAUAUUUUUUAUCCUUUACGUGCUCACGUAAAACUUUUUUUUAUGUGAGCAUGUGUAACCUGGACGAGCACGACUAGCAGCGCUGAUGUAAAGAAUGGAACAAAUACCCCAUAUACACUAUAUACAUGAGUUUAUUACAAUAAUGUACAUAUUUAACAGUCACAUAUACAAUUAUAGCAAUAUAUACAACUUUCUCACAACUGACAUACACAUACAUACACACUGAAUCAGGUGGUCUGCAAUCCACAGAUAUAACAGAGUCUAUAUCCGGCAAUCUUCCAAUGACGGCUGACGUAACGUCUAUAAUGUCCACAUAAAAAGAUUGGUACACUGAGGACAAAGGCUGUCAAGUCAAGUAUAUGUAUCUGUCCACAAAGGACUGUUCAAAGUUGCCAACACAGGACUAAAUGUAGAUAUAAUUGCCCACAAAGGUCAUAUGGGAAUAGAGUUGCCCACACAGGAUACAUUACAAUACGUUGCCCACCCAGGACAUAUUGCAAUACGGUUGCCCACACAGGACAUAUGCAGGUAUAGUUGCCUACAAAGGUCUGUAUAUAUAUAUAUAUAUAUAUAUAGCAAAAUAUGGUUGGGACUGUGACAGCAUGUAAACGUAUUAACGUGCUCGCGUAAAAGUUUUUACCUGAGCAGGUAAAAGUUUUUACGUGAGCACGUAAAGGAAAAAAAUAUUUUUUACCCUACAUAAAUGGUUUUUUUUACCUUGCAUGAAUGUUUUACGUGAGCACGUAAGUUAUUACGUGCUCACGUGAAACUUUUUAUGUGAGCACGUAAAGGAAAAAAAUAUUUUUCAGCUUACAUAAAAAAAAUUGUUUAACCGUACAUAAAAAAAAAAUAUUUUUCAUGUCACCUCUGUUCCACCAUAGCUGUGUCAGAAACACAAAGAAAAUCUCUUUAAAAAGCUUUCUAUCUUUUGGCUAGUACCUGCCACUUUCUUCAUUUUCAAAUUAUGUCUACGCAUUUACUUUCUCAAUACUCGGUAUUGUAAAAACAAAAAAAAACAAAAAAUACAAAAUAACAAUGACAAUCAAAGCUUCAGGAUU